CCGAUGGUGUUCUUGUCAGCUGACUGGUGGCUGACAACCUUAACACAUCAUGUACACCGCACGACUGUUUGCUGCAUUGCUUCUCGCUGUUGUCUGUCUGGCAACGCAAGAGGAGUAUGAUAAUGAUAUUCUGGAAGAGGGGAUUACUUUGACCGAUUCUCAGUAUGGAUCUCUCUGGCCUUUACCCCAGAAAGUCCAAAUGUCCACAGUAGUUUUCAAACUGAGCGGUGCUAGCUUCCAGAUUGUGGACGCCAAAGAAUCGUCUUCCGGUGCAAGCUGCAGUCUUCUUCAAAAUGCAUAUCGAAGGUAUUUCGAGUACAUAUUUCCUAGCGCCAGAAAGCAGGGGCACGUCAAGAAGAAGACACCUGCCUCGGCUGUGUCUGAAUUACAGGUCUGGAUCACAUCAGCUGACACAGAGUGUGAUGGCUUCCCCAAUGUGACAUCUGAUGAGUCAUACCAACUGUCGGUGGACUCUCCUGUUUCUGUGUUGAAAGCCUCUACGGUGUGGGGCGCUCUGAGGGGUCUGGAGACAUUCAGCCAGUUGGUGUAUGAGGGUGAAUAUGGAGCAAAAAGCAUUAAUAGGACAGAGAUCAGUGACUUCCCACGGUUUGCACAUCGAGGCGUCUUAUUGGAUACAUCUCGUCACUUCCUGCCUAUCAAAGUCAUUUUAGCCAAUCUGGAAGCCAUGGCAUGGAACAAAUUCAAUGUUUUCCAUUGGCACAUUGUAGAUGACCCAUCCUUCCCCUACCUGAGCCGUACCUUCCCCCAGCUGAGCCAGCAGGGAGCCUUCCACCCUUACACACACGUGUACACGCCUUCUGAUGUCAAGAUGAUCAUCGAGUUUGCUCGCCUCAGGGGCAUUCGGGUCGUCCCUGAAUUUGACACCCCUGGACACACUCAGUCAUGGGGGAAAGGCCAGAAGGACCUGCUAACCCCCUGUUACUCUGGGGCCAGCCCCUCUGGCUCAUUUGGACCAGUCAACCCCAUCCUCAACACCACCUAUGAAUUCAUGAGCAUGUUCUUCAAGGAGGUCAGCACAGUGUUCCCUGAUGCCUACAUCCAUCUGGGAGGAGACGAAGUGGACUUCAAUUGCUGGAAGUCGAACCCUGACAUUCAGAAGUUCAUGGAGCAGCAAGGCUUCGGGACCGACUACAGCAAGCUGGAGUCUUUGUACAUCCAGAGGAUCCUGGAUAUCGUCUCCUCUACCAACAAACACUAUUUGAUCUGGCAGGAGGUGUUUGACAACGGGGUUAAGAUGAAGGCCGACACGGUGAUCCACGUGUGGAAAGGAAACCAGCAGCAGUACCAGGAUGAGAUGUCCCGGGUCACGGCAUCAGGCUACCAGGUCCUGCUCUCCACACCCUGGUACCUCAACCGCAUCUCCUACGGCCAAGAUUGGCAAGCCACUUACAAGGCAGACCCACAGGACUUCAAUGGGACUGAUGCCCAGAAGAAGCUGGUGGUUGGCGGAGAAGCCUGUCUGUGGGGGGAAUACGUGGACGCUACCAACCUCACCCCAAGACUCUGGCCACGUGCCAGUGCUGUAGCGGAGCGCUUAUGGAGCGAUAAGGAUGUGAGAGACUUAAAUGAUGCCUACAGCCGCCUGGCCCAACAUCGUUGCCGAAUGGUCCAGCGUGGCAUCCCAGCUGAGCCUCUGUUUUCAGGUUACUGUGCAUACGAGUACAAAGGUGUAUAAUACAGUCUGUCUGCGGGACGUCGACCUGAGAAACAACACUACGGACAAAAGGAAACUCACACAGUCCAAUCCCCUGCUGGAAAGUCGAACUUGAUCUAAUUCAUGACCGAUUUGCACUGAUAAGCCACAAUCUGUCUUUGUUAAAUGUUUCUUAGAGCAAUCAGUGGGUGCAAAGUCACAAUGUUUUGAUUAGUAUUUUUUAUAUGUUUGUAUGAUUCAAACUGCAGACAAUAAACAUAUGCUAGGUGAA